AGCCCCGCGCGCACCGGGGGACUGCGCCUCGCUCGCCGAACGAGGGACAAACUGACCUUCCGUUCUCAUGGGUCAGGUUGGAGAGUUUUUCCAAACCGCGCGGCGCGAGCCGGCAUGCUCCCGCUGGCCAUCCUGGUGCCCCCGUCGCUCGCGGCGGGGGUGGCGGGAACGUGGUGGGCGGGCCGGCUCGCGGCGACGCGCGCGCUGGGCGCGGCCGAGCCCCCGCGGGGUACUUUCGCGGGUUCGGCAGCGGGCGUCGCUGGCGCGGCGUGUUUUUGGAGCGCGAUGGGCGCGACGGUGUUCCCGGCGUUCGACGCGAUGUCUUCCACGCCGGCGAAGAUAGAGUCGUUCAGGGACUUCACCCGGUCCGCGGGUCCGCCCACGGUCGCGAGGUGCGGCGGGGUGUUGGCGUGCUUCUUCGUCGCGGGAGCGUCCAAGACGGCGACGGACGUGUUGAUGGCGUCGCCGAAAGCUCCGUGAGCACGCGCGUGAGUGAGUGAGAAAACGUUCAACUGUCGCCGCUCUCGUCGCGUUUAGUCCUAGUGUGCUAGCCUAUGUAUCAGAGCCCGGUGAGGAGCAGCUCCAGCGCC